AUGAAAACCCUCGAAGAAGCCGAGCUUUGCUUUCCACAUCUCAACUCCUCCUGCAGGAAGGCCAUGCGUCCUCACGCUCUAUCUAUGCUCACUUACACUUUAAUGUCCUCCAUCUCUGUGGUCACUGUGACGCUCAACCUACUGGUCAUCAUCUCCAUCUCCCACUUCAGGCAGCUCCACACACCCACCAACCUCCUCCUCCUGUCUCUGGCUGUCUCAGAUUUCUUCGUGGGAUUCCUCAUGUUCUUUCAUAUGGUGCUCAUAGACGGCUGCUGGUUGUUUGGUGACCAUAUGUGUGCUCUUUAUAAUGUUCUUAUGUAUAGUAUUACUGCUGCCUCAAUAGGAGCCAUGGUUCUCAUAUCAGUUGACCGAUAUGUGGCUAUUUGUUAUCCUCUACAUUAUUCAAUUCAAUUCAUCACACAAAAAAGAGUUAAAGUCUGUAAUUGUCUGUGUUGGAUAUGUUCGGUUUUCCUUCAGACUGUGCUGCUGAAGGAAAACCUGGAACAACCAGGCAGGUAUAAUUCCUGCUUUGGAGAGUGUGUCAUUAUGAUUAACUACUUUGCUGGACUAGCAGAUCUUUUUUUCUCCUUUAUUGGCCCUGUCACUGUCAUCAUAGUUCUGUACAUGAGAGUGUUUGUGGUGGCUGUGACUCAGGCUCGUGCCAUGCGCUCUCAUAUUGUAGCUUUACCUCUCAAGCGUUCAGAGACUGUAACUGCUAACAAAUCUGAAAUGAAAGCAGCUAGGAAUCUUGGUGUUGUUAUUGUUGUAUUUAUAUUGUGCAUCUGUCCAUAUUAUAGUGCAAUACUUACCGGUGAGGACACCUUACAUGAUGCCUCAACUGCUGCGAUUGUAACAGGUCUGUUCAAUUUCAACUCCUGUCUUAACCCUGUGAUUUAUGCCUUUUUUUACCCCUGGUUUAGAAAAUCUAUCAAGUUCAUUGUCACGUUUAAGAUACUGCAGCCUGGGUCAUAUAUGACCAACAUUAUGUAG